AUGAAAACUUGUUUAAAAAUAAAAGCAUUUCUUAUAUUCCUUUGUAUCCCUCUCCUUCACAUUAAUAUAGCGUUCGAAAGUGUCUUUAGUAGAAGCAUCCAAAUUGUAAGAAAGGGAUACAAACAUUUUAAUGGUGCAACAUUAUAUUUUUUUUAUAUUAUUCCAUAUAGCAAAAUUGUUGAUAAUAAAUAUGUAUUGUUAAAGAAACAAUGGAUGAAUAGUAAUUUAAGAAAACGCUCAAAUCGCAAUAUAUGCGAAAUCAAAACUUACUGUAAUGUGUACAAAGAUAUAAAUGACAAUGCUGAUAUAUACGAAAAAGGAAACAUUUUAUGUAAUAACAAAAUGAAAUUAAUAAUGCAGAUGUUAAAUAGAACUCGAUGGUAUGAUUUCAAGUUUUUUUCACCAGCUAAGAUUAAUUUAUUUUUAAAAUUAAAAGAGAAAAAGGAAACUUACAACGAAUUAUCAACAUUAAUGCAUUCAAUAAAUUUAGGUGAUAAUAUUUAUAUAACAGCUUUAAGUAAAGAAGAUCAAAUAAAAUUAAGACAACUGUUAUUCCCAUGUUCAUCUGAUGAUUUUCUGACGAUAAGUAAAAAUAAAGAAUACGGUAUAAUGCAUGAAAACAAAAAAGCAAAUCAGAAAAAUGAUGAAAAACAUACACAAUAUUAUUUUAAUUAUCCUUUGAAUGAUGAUAAUAUAAUUAUAAAAGUUUUGAAAAGAUAUAGAGAAGAAUUAAGUAUAAAAGAUGAUACAAGAUUUUUAGUCCAUGUAAAUAAAAGAAUACCCAUUUUUAGUGGAGUUGGUGGAGGAUCGUCUAAUGGAGCUACUCUUUUUUAUUUUUUAGAAAAAUAUUUUUAUAAAUAUUUAAAAUCAAAUGAAUCAAAAAACAAGUUUUUAAAAAAAAUUGGUAGUGAUAUAUCUUUUUUUAGUAGUUCAGGUUUUGCAUAUUGUACGGGUAAAGGAAAUGAUGUAGUUGAUUUAUAUGAUGCUCAGGCAACUAUAUCAGGAAAGAGGAUUUAUAUAUUUCAGGUUGACGAAGGAUUAUCAUCCAAGUCAGUUUAUGAAAAUGUAAAUUAUAGCAAAAUAGUACAAUACAGUCCAGUUACUUUAUUAAAACAUUUCAUCAUUAACUCAAAUAGUAAUAAUAUUAUUAAAAUUGUGGAGAAAAAGGAGCAUAUUUAUUUGAGAACAUUCGUUUCUCUUGACAAUACAGAUGUUCAGAAUAUUUGUAUAAACGAUUUAGAACAUUCUGCUUUUUUUUUAUUUAAGACAUUAAAAGAUUUAAAAGACCUUCUAAUUAAACAAAACAUUUUUGAUGCUGUAACAAUGAGUGGUAGUGGUUCAUCGUUAUUUUCCAUAACAAAAAAUAGUGGUAUGGAUAUAAAUUUGGAAAAGAUAAAAGUGGAAAAUAUAAUUAAACAAGUAAGGGAAAAAUUAAAUGUAAAUAUAAGAGUGUAUUUAUGUGACCCUUUAAGAAAACAACAAAAUUACUGGUACAAGCCGGAAAAACUGGCCGAAGUGAUAAAGAAAAAAUGA